AUGACCGACCUCUCCGUUGACAACAUCACCCAACAUGCCAUCACCAUCAACUCGCAGUGCCCUGACCCCCGAACCCGCUACCUCCUCGAGCGUCUCACCACUCAUCUCCAUGACUUCGCCCGUGAAACAAGGCUGAGUACGGCCGAAUGGUCGCAGGCCAUCAACUUCCUCACAGAAACAGGCAAAACAUGCACGGAAGUUCGACAGGAAUUCAUCCUGCUAUCGGAUAUCCUUGGUCUGUCGGCGUUGGUCGACUCUAUAGACCAUCCCAAGCCACCAGGAGCUACGCAGGGGACGGUUCUAGGACCGUUUCACACGCAUGAUGCCGCAACGCUAGAAGCGGGAGCAAAACUAUCAUAUGAUGAAGCUGGAGAGGAAUUGUUUGUUCUAUGUACUGUGCAUGAUACCCAAGGUAGGGCUUUGGCUGAGACUCGGGUGGAUGUUUGGGAGACGGAUUCCUCUGGCCGGUAUGACGUGCAGUAUAGCGAGAGGGUGAAGCCAGAUGGACGAGGAGUGAUGCAUACUGAUGCGCAGGGUGCGUUCUGGUUCAAGGCUAUCAAGCCAGUAUCAUAUCCUAUACCGGUUGAUGGGACUGUAGGAAAGCUGUUGGCCCUGAUGGGACGGCAUUCAUGGAGACCAGCGCACAUGCAUUUCAUGCUAGCCAGGGAGGGAUAUGAUACAUUGAUAACAUCGCUAUAUCCGCGCGGUGACAAGUAUGAGACCUCCGACGCUGUGUUUGGCGUCAAGAGUUCGUUGGUGGUGGAUUAUGGUGCUGUCGACGAGGAGAUGGCGAAGAAAUAUCAUGUCCCUGUCGGCACUGCGUUGUUAGUCUAUGAUUUUGUUCUUGCUUCGGAGCAGGAGGCGAGAGAGCUGCAAGAUCGUAAUUCACUCGAUGCCUUGAAGAAGCUGGGCCGUAACUUCAAGAUCGUCAAUGGCUUGCCUGUUCCUGAAGUUGAUUGA